CUGCGCGGUCUCGCUGACUCACUGUGUGCCACUCGGCAGUCAGAGCACGUUGCACCCUUUAAUAGAGCAAUAUGAUGCAAUCUGUCUUUCCUACUGCGCUAAGGAGAUUACCUACCCUUUUAUGUUUCCAGCUUUUUCCUUCUGUGUUUUACAAUAAUAUAAGUACAAGUAAAUGCACCUUUCUUCAUUUCUAAGGUUGUAUAAACCAAGUUUUAAACCAAGCUAAAUCAUAACCAGAUGGUACCACAUUGCCUUUCGUUAUUUAGUGGAUGGAAACUAAGCCAAAUACCACUUUUUCUUAUUGCUUUUUAUUUUGUAGAAGAUUAUUAGCAGCAAAGUAAAUGUAAUUAAGAACAUUUUGCUAUCUGAUCAGCUGAUCUGCUAAAGCUGAAGUUUUAGCUGGCUUUUUGUGUGCUAAAGUAUAAAUGAUGAGCGAUAUUAUCUCAAGUAGGGCUGCAGCUAUUGAACAUUUUAGUAUUCAACUAUUCUAUCGAAUGCUCGCUCAAUUAAUCGAAUAACCUAUUUGACAACCCUUCAAGCCGGGAAAAGAAUUCUAAUGAGAUGGUAUUUCUAAAAUCCACCGACAUUAUUCCUUUUUAGAUAAAAGGGCAUCUUUAAUUAAACUAAUACAAACCGUGUUAAAACUAAUCAGUGCUAAAACUGCAACGUCCUACAAUAGUUGUGUCCAAUCCUGGUCGUGGAAGGCCACUGUCCUGAUGUUUGUUGUUUCACUGCUCUAACAAAUCUGAUUUUAAUCAGCAGCUCCUUAACAGGUUUCUGCAGAAACUGAUGAGCUACUUAACAUCUAAUUCAGAGACUGAAUCGGUUUUUUGGAGCAGGUAAACAACUAAAACCUGCUUGAUAGAGGCCCUCCAGGACCUGGAUGGGCUCCCCUGUCCUAGAAGAAGGUGUAUGUCUGGGAAUGAAGGCAAAAAUUAUUUUCUGGAAACCAUCAUCUUCUACUAUUGAAAGAGGCAGCAUGUUGCCACGCACCUAUGCAUGCACAUUCAUAUCUCUUUUACUAUGUGCAGGAUGGCAAUAAUACAGUAUAAAAGCAUAGUCAAAUAUAGAUGCAUUUGUAUAUUACAUACUACAAUGGCCUGUCAUACAGCUGCAGCAGCAGUAGCCUGGGGAGCCAUCUUAUAUAUGUGAUUAUAGUCUGGCCACGGCCCAAAGUCAGAGCUUGGUCAUGGUGCAGAUGUUGUCUUACAAUCUCUCUGCAUGCUAUUGAAAAACAAACAAUGUGACAUCCUCACCACUAUGGAUGUCAGUCAGCAGGGCAAUCCGUCAUGCACUGUAGAAGGACACAAAUACAUCCUUUUUCUAAGUAAAUGAUUUAAGUCCCUCUGUCUGCUCUUGACUCAAAAAAUUGCACAAGUUAAACAAUCCAAAGUUGAUGUCAAAGCCGUUUGAAAUGAGAAGUCGCCAUCUUUGUUGUUUCGCUCAGUUGCAGUAACGUCCUGCCCAUAAACCCACAGAGCACUGUUAUUGGCAAGACACAAGGCUGUUCAGGCCGUUGAGGCUCCUAUGGAGCGUGGCUUGACCAACCUGCCGAGCAAAAUCAUUUUGCUUUGGCUAGUUAAAUCAGAUUCAGAUUCUGAAUCUACUGUCUGUCUAGAUUUCUAGGCUAGCUGUAUGGCUCAGACUAGCAGCAACCACAUGGCUUUCUGCAUUUUUACCAUGCUUGCUUGUUUCUGUACUUUCCUCCAUGGCACUUAGAUGACAACGUUGUGUGCCAGUAAAAAGUACCCAGGCUGCAGCGCUCUCAUAUAACGAAGGCUCGGUUUUAUCUUUUCCUGCACAGGCCAACACCCACUUCCUCUACACUGUACUUACAACCUGGAAUAAUGUCUUUAUGUAUAACCUCAUCUCCCUCCAUGUUUCUCCAUGUAAAUAUUUGCAGCUCUACUAUUGAGGAUUAGUUCAUCAUUUUGUCUGUUUUAAAGAAAAACAACUCUGAAAGCUGACAACUCUUCUCAAAACCUAUUUUUGAUGUUGUCACAGAUGUUCUCUGUUAGGUCUCUCGACUCGCCAAUUUUUCUGUCUGCAUGCACCAAAAUCCUAUUCUCCUUUAAAGUCUUUGAAUAAACCAAAAUAAGGUUAAGAUAAAUGAUUAUGAGCUUGUCUCUCGCUGUAUUUUACACACCAUGAUGGGUUGCGUGUGUGCCAGGGAACCAGUGUAUUGCAUUAACACUGCGUUAAUAGCUGCAGACUUCUCCCUCACCCACUCAGCUCAUUGCUGUCCAUUUACUCAAACAUGGAAGAACAACAGAGUGGAUUUCUUCUUUAUGCAGUUGGUUGUGUAAGCUUUUUAUAUACAUCACAAGCUAAUGCUUGAGGCUUAAGCAAGAUGUUGCUAAUAAAGGCUGGUAUAAUUUUCUGAGCUAAAUGCGCAAAGUGUGGGCUUUGGGAAUUUGAGAUGUUGGGGAUCAGCAUUAACAGAGCCAGCAGCUUACAGUAGGGACUACUGGUCCCAGUAAAUGAAUAAUAAGAUUCCUUUGAUGCAGAUAAGAGGUUCAGAGGUAAUUAUAACAGUCUAAAGCCUCCCACCACCCCACAGGCUUGUUUUAUGCAUGUAAGUGCCUCAAGUACAAUAAAUACACUUUGAUUUCCAUAUAGUCUCAUUAGUCCAUAAGCUUAUUGUGGUAAUUCUACUUUUAGAAAUUGCAGAACAUGCGUUUUUAACAUGCAAACUCAAAUGCAGCAACACAAUGUGACAAUAGAGAUGUUAAAGAAGUAGCAGUUGGCUGUGAGCAAGGCCUUGCGUGAAAUGUCUGUAAAGCAAAAGGAAAUCUUUCAUGUGUAAAGUUGUGUCUGUGAAUAUAAGCAACAGGGAAACAGUGAAGGGUAAAGGACUCAGUGACUAGCUUCUUUCUUUGGCGUUUUUAACGGCCUAAAGCUGAAAGAUCCAUCUUUUUACAUUAAAAUGCAUCAGACAGUGCACAGCAAAGGGCUGCUUCAAUCAUGGAGACAUUUCUAAUGAAUUACCUCAAAUAAAAAAAACUCCCAAGUGUGUGUCAAGUAAGUAGAAGACAUUAGCUUUCACACACAUAAAUGUUUUACAGAAAGUCAUUGGAUAUGCUAAGUAAACUGUCACAUUUUAAACACUUUUAAUGCUUUUUUAAGUUGGUUUACCUUUGGGUGCAUCAUUAUUGACAAUAAGGGUGUGUGAGUAUAUCGGUGUGACGGAGUUUUCUUAGAUCAUUUUGAUAAAACAAGAAAGAGGAUGUGAGGUUUAAUCUCCCAUAGGCCUGUGAAUCAGUUUUUCACAGGAAUUAUCUGUAAGACUAAUAUGAGGAAAGAUCUUUUAUACUUUUAUUUUCAUUGACAUUUUGGAAAUUGUUUCCAUCCAACACCUCCAUUUUUUUCUAAAAAUUCACCUUUGCUAGCUUCUUUGGUACCUAGAAACCUAGAGAGAAUUAUUUGUAAUCACAUGAGAAGAUUACAGCCAACAGUGUGGCACCCACGAUAGGGCUGGGCAAUAAAUUGAGAAUGUAUCAAAAAUUCUGACUAACCGAUAUAAUGUUUUGGUUUUCGGCAUAUCCAUGACAAUAAAUUAGAUAAUAAUGAUGAAAAUAAAAAGGUGUUGGCGACGUUCAUGUCCCUUUAAGAAGCUGUUCUGCCUUGAGUCAGGUGACAACGAUUAGCUACUUUGGACCAGAGGUUGUUAUAAAAGUGUAAGACAGCUGUCCAGUUGUUGUACUUUGAAAGAAUCAAUGCUUUAAACAAUAACAAAAACAUAAGGAAUACAUUGAAAUAUGCUCAACAGCUCUGUCAGACUGUUUUAUUUUUGUAUUAUGGCACAAGAAAAGGAUAUUGUGCCUGUUUGAUGUGCGUGAAUCAUGAAAAAUUGUCUGUCAUGCCCACAAAGAAGGGCGGAAAGAGAGGAAGAGGAAAAAGGAUAUCAGAGGAACCGAUCAACAACCUUGGGGCUUCAUUUUUUUUUACGGUGAAAAGAACAUGAGCGAGAGAGAAGGCAAAAAAGAAGCUGAUGAAGAGGCUGGCCGCGCAAAAAUUGUCAUCAGCCCAUGGCUCGAGACGUGGAACUGAUAUUUAAUUCAAUCUCUGAACUCCGAACAAGGGAGGGGAGAGAUGGAGGCAGAAGGAGCCAGAGAGAGAGAGAGAGCGAAAGUGUGCUGUCACAUGAGAGGGAGGAGUAAGUAAGGUGAAGGGAGGGAGCGAGAGGACUGAAGCACUGAUGGGGCGCCACCGGCAAGGAGGGAGUGAUAGAGGAGAGUGGAAGCACAACAGCCUGAAUAGAGUGGUGUGCAGAAGAACUGGAAUGCCAAGGACAACAAGGGAGGGCAAAUGAAGAGGAAAACUUCAAGAAAAUCAGGAAAGUAGACUGCACCUAUAUGGGAAAGUAUCCAGUGAAAGAGGUAAAGAGAAGAUCUGGUACCCAAUGAGGUCAGAUGGCUGAACAAGUGACUUGCAGACUCGUUUUGUUCUGCUGUAAGAUAAACGCAUAGCGAACCUUUGUUUGCAGACAGAACACCUGUUACUGUGAGUGCUCCAGGUUUGAAUGUACUAGACUGUCUCUGCAGCAUUUCAUCUAUCUGCAUGAAGCUUGACCUUCCUUAGCCGGCAAAGCGUGUGGCUGCAGAAAGAGAAAAUAGAAAGGAGAGGUGAAGUGAGGGUGUGUAUAGAAAAACAGAAGUAGAGAUAGUGUUAAAGUGGAGUAGCAGCAGAGGGAGUUGUUGCUGUGAUUAGUGUGCUAGCACUGUCCUGGUGUAAGUCCUCAACUUGGAGCUCCUUUUGCAGUACAGUAAAUUGGAACUUUCUCAGACAGAAAAAGCUUGGACCUUCAAUCAUCUUCACUGUCUGAAACGCUGGGCACCACCAAGCCCUGUGGACUGAAACUUGAACUGAUCCUCAGGAAAAGGCCAGGGUAGUCUUUUCUUCUUGUGAAAUGCACUUUUAGAUACGCUUUUUGCAUGCUGGUGCUUAAACUCCUCAAUAACAGUGGAUAUGUCAGACAUUCCUCAAGGGUUCUUGGGUCGAGCUCCCAGAGUGGGAGAGACUAAACUGGGAGAGGGUAUGAGAACGGGGGAAAGAGAUGCCCCGCUGAGGCUGUCACCUUUUCGUAUGCUUCGGAUGCUGGACUCGUGUCGCCCACCAGGAAAUCGUAUUGGUAUUGUCCAUGAAAAUGUUAAGAUGGGAUCAGAUGGGGAGAGUGAUCAAGCUUCUGGGACAUCUUCAGAUGAAGUCCAGAGUCCGGUGAGGGUUCGCAUGAGGAACAAUCAUCAUCGACGUAUAUCUACUGAGGACAUAAACAAACGUUUGUCUCUCCCAGCUGAUAUCAGACUACCGGAGGGCUACGUGGAGAAGUUUGCAAUGAACAGCCCUCCCUUUGAUAAACCCAUGAGCCGCAGGCUUCGACGUGCAUCACUGUCUGAAAUAGGCUUUGGGAAACUUGAGACUUACAUCAAACUGGACAAACUAGGCGAGGGUACCUAUGCUACAGUGUUUAAAGGCCGAAGCAAGUUAACAGACAAUUUAGUGGCUCUGAAAGAGAUUCGCCUGGAGCACGAAGAGGGCGCGCCCUGCACAGCCAUCCGAGAAGUAUCACUACUGAAAGACUUGAAGCACGCUAAUAUCGUCACUCUCCAUGACAUCAUCCACACUGACAAGUGCCUGACUCUUGUGUUUGAGUAUUUGGAAAAAGAUCUCAAGCAGUAUAUGGACGACUGUGGGAGCAUCAUGAGUGUUCAUAACGUCAAGAUUUUCCUCUUCCAGCUUUUAAGAGGACUAGACUACUGCCAUAAAAGGAAGGUUCUCCACAGAGACCUAAAACCCCAAAACCUGCUUAUCAACGAUAAAGGAGAGCUCAAACUAGCAGAUUUUGGCCUAGCUCGAGCCAAGUCUGUCCCUACGAAGACGUACUCAAAUGAAGUUGUAACACUAUGGUACCGACCUCCAGAUGUGCUGCUGGGCUCAACGGAGUACUCUACACCCAUUGAUAUGUGGGGUGUUGGCUGUAUCUUUUAUGAGAUGAUCACAGGCAGACCUCUUUUCCCUGGGUCUACUGUGGAGGAUGAGCUGCACCUCAUAUUUCGAAUCCUCGGUACUCCUACAGAAGAAACUUGGCCUGGUAUCACAACCAGCGAAGAGUUUAAAUCUUACAACUUCCCCCACUACCAAGCAGAACCUUUUGUCAGCCAUGCACCAAGGAUAGACAGCGAUGGUCUUAACUUACUCUUGAUGCUCUUACGGUUUGAAGCAAAGAAACGAGUAUCAGCUGAGGAGGCUCUCAAACACUCCUAUUUCAAGAGUCUAGGGCAAGAGGUUCAAACUCUAGCUGACACUGCUUCAAUCUUCUCUGUAAAAGGCAUCCAGCUCGUGAGAGAUCCAGGGAAAAGAUCCUCAAUCCACCCAGAGUCCUCGAUGGCCCAUAAGCUAGGCUCUGCACCCUCGCAGUACUUCCAGAGAGAAGCAGCCAAUCCCAGGGCUCAGAGUCACAAUCUCUCCUCUACUUCUACUGGCUGAGUGGGUCCUACUGUUCUGCCAUGGGGAAGAGCAGGAGGCAGAGUAUGUUGUUUUAAUGCUGGUGGGGCGAUGAGAUGACGUGGACAGUGACAACAUCAGCGGUCACAUCAGACUUACUUUUCUAGACCCUGCCACUAACAAAACUUGAGGAGCGACACACAGCCUGCCACAAAAAUCAUGCACUCAUGCUGGAAGAGAAAAAAUAUAAAAGGACACACACACACACACACACACACACACACACACACACACACACGCACACAGGACUUAAAACUAGGCCAGUACUCAAGAAAAAUGCAUAAAUAUUCAGCUCAACCUUCAAAUGUCAAAUUGAUAAAACGAAGUGAUACUGGAAAAAGGGGAAUGGGAAUUCUCCUUGCUGCUACUACUACCGCUGCUGCCCAGCAGAGGGCAGUGAGAGGAUGUGAACUUGCUGUAUCAUUGAGCUGGAAGGAGAAAUGAGUCAAAGGCAGAGUGAGACAGAUAUGUCCCCUCUUCCUCUCCAUUUUUUAGAUUAUUGCUGUACAUAAACUCUGCUUCCUCAUAGCACACCUCAGCCCGAAUCCAAACUCUUUACAAAUUGCACCUCAAUUCUUCUACAUCCCUUUAUGACAUGAGCUGUCUCCAUCUUUUUCUCUUAUUUUCAAACUCUUCCUAUCAAUCUUUAGCUCCUAUCAACAUGCUGACUCACGCUGAUGGCUCACUUGAAAAAGACGAGUGUGUGUAUAUAAUUGGAGUUUACAGAGAUACACCUUUUUGCACCUUAUUGCCCAGCAGAGGUCAGGGUGGCUGUCUUUAUGUUACAGUCACUCGAGCAGAACAGGAUGAAAAUUACACAGAUGAAGAAGAAACCAACUGAUAAACCGAAAACGGUAGACGUAUUGCACUACUUCACUACUUCAUAAUUAAAAACACUGUAAUCCUCAUAAUAAAACUUCAUACGCUGCAACGAACACUAUUUUAGAGAAGAACAACACUGAGGAGGUAAAGGAAGUGUACAAAUACCGCUUGUCCCAAGACACACCCCCUCUUCUUCCUUUGCUUUCGAGGAGUUGUGUCGAUUUGUUGCCUGAUGUGCAGGUGUUUGUGGUUUAUUUGCACCUGAUUUGACCUUUUUUACACAAUUAGAUCAUCUUAAAUCAAAUGUUUAUCGUUAUUUUUUACCCUUUUACUUUUCUAAGAAAAAUCUGUAUAUGAUGACAAAUUUGACUUUUGUCAGAGAAACGAUAAUUCCAGGUUGCUUUUCUCAGUCAUAACAGUGGGCGGCAACGUGUUGCACAUUCCUCAAGCUCAGGACUUUUUGCUUGUGUCGUUUUGUGGAUGCGGUGAAGUGCAAAUGUUCCCCAGUAGAGCAAAUUUGUAUGUAAAGAUUUUUCUCAGCAUAAACCUGUCAAGUCUUUGAAGUUAUCCAUUCCCUUUUAUUUCCACCGUAAUGGUCUGAAACUAUCCUACAUAUGUCUGUUUCCCUGUCAUCUGUUUUAGCAUGUUUCUGUAUUAAACAUGGUGAGUUGGUAUGUGAAAUAGCUGCUGCAGGAAAAGGAAUACCUCCUUUAAAAUGUGCAUGACUUUAUAACGUGAUUCUUACAUCGAACAUUAUACAUUAGCACCUGAAGAUGUACCAAAACCAACACAAAGACAACACACUGUAAAGCAGCAGGGCAAUGUGACAGAAGCAGCUCUGGAGCCUGAUAACAGAACACACAGGACCAAAGUGAGUCCUCCAGGUACCAGGUGUUCAAGCACACAACUUUUUCACAAGUCAAUUACCCGAAAACAUGUCCUGUGUCUGUGAUUAUUUUGUCUCGAACGGAUUCAGAAAGAUUCAAGUGAUUUCAUGCUUCUCUCAUGAAGAAAAAAAACCCCAACGUAUUUUCUUAGAGUGUGCAGUAUGUAGCAUGUAUAUAGAUAAUCCCUAUGUAUAUAUAUGUAAAUGUACAGGUUUGAUACUGCUAUUCAUUCUGGACUUUCUUUCCUUCUUCCAUUUUUUGCCUUUCUUUAAUUAAAAUCCUUAAAAAAUCAUAGCAAUAUUUCUGUAAUCAAUAAAAAGCCAUGGAAAUAGGUUGAUUGCAAAUGUGUUUAUUUAGUACAGAAGGUAUGACUGAAGAUGCAACUGUGAGACUUGACAACAUUGAUGGUUGAUUUCUUUUUUUUUCCUGUUUAACACAACAGAGCCAAUAAAAUAAAAUAAAAAAUCCAAAAACAUA